AUGUCACCCACUGGUUAUUUCAUAUCACAAGUCAAAUAUGCAUCUGAGAUUCUACAGCGUGCAGGGCUAUCUGACAAUAAGGUAACUGACACACCUCUUGAAUUGAAUGUAAAAUACAGUCCUAUAGAUGGGACUCUAUUGUCUAAUCCAACACUGUAUCGUCAACUAGUAGGGAGUCUAAAUUACUUGACCAUUACGAGACCAGACAUAAGUCAUGCAGUUCACAUAGUCAGUCAGUUUAUGUCUGCUCCAAGAUCUACUCAUUAUGCAGUUGUUCUCAGAAUUCUAAGAUAUAUCAAGGGGUCUCUUCAUCAAGGUCUGUGUUUCUCAUCCAAGUAUGAUCUCACUCUUCAAGCUUACUCAGAUUCUGAUUGGGCUGGGGAUAUUACAGAUAGAAAAUCUAUUACAGGCUAUUGUGUGUUCUUGGGAGACUCGUUGAUUUCAUGGAGAAAGUUUGAUAAAGAUGGAAAAGGAAUUCAACUCGGUGAUCUUUACUGGGAGAGCAAAAUACCUUGA